ACGUUGAAAGUGUGUCAGGAAGUGGUAGGUUAGAGUCUCACCAAGAACGUUCCGUAGGCAGUACAAUAUUACCGAAUUAUUGCUUACUUUAAGCUCGGAAAUUUCCUCUUUUUUGCUAAGACGCUGGACUCUUGUGAUUAUGAAUUUAAAUGGUUUCACUAACUAGCGUUAGGCUACCAUCAGUAUUGUGAAGUAUUUGUCGGCUAGUCAAAACGAAAGUUCAAAUUGUGAUUUCAAAUACCUCGUCUUCUUUAAGCAAGCGUGGAAUGGUAAACAAGGCUCGUUGGUACUGUAAGGACAUAACAGGAUGAACUGGCUGUCUCGUUCUAUUCAUCUGAUGUUCCUCCUUGACUGCGUGCUCGCUUCAGUUCCUGCUCCGUGCAACCUAUCGGUUCACUCCGAUCACUUCCUCCAUAUUCUGCAUUGGGAUCCUGGGCCUGGAUCUCCAGCAGGAACUCAGUACAAGGUCUUCGCAAGGUUGAGUGGAAGUAAGGAAAGAGAACCGCAGAACAACACGACAACGGCAACAUAUUUACAGCUGGACUUGGACAAUUAUAAGUAUUACUUGAGCGCGCAAGCUCUCCACAACGGAACCUGGUCUGCAGCGUCAAAAGAAGUUCCCUUCAAUCCAAUUGAACAAACGAUCAUAGGCCCUCCAAAAGUCAUACUGGCUGAGAAUGGCAACAGCGUUCAAAUCAACAUAUCACUGCCUGAGGCGGACAAAAGCUCGAAAAUACGCAAGAACGACAUCAUGGCCUUCUACGGAGCUAAGUUUAAAGUCUUGUGGAGGAAAUCUAAAAAAAUAGAGGGAUCCACAGAAACGAAAGAGAAGAGUGUUACUCUCCACAACUUGGAGGCAGCCACGCAGUACUGUGUACAGGUUCAGAUUAUUAUUACCAUGAAUAAGAACACGAAGUCAUCAGACUGGGUCUGCACUUUUACUGGCGUAGCAGAGUCGAGAGUUUCUUCUUUAGGUACAAUUGUUGGACCUACGAUUUUGUGCAUUUGUGUUGUGAUGGCCUUGUUGUUUGGUCUCCACUUCGCUGGAUUCCUUGGGAAACUGAAGGAAACCGUUCCAAAUGCAUUAAAUAAUAUCCUGGCCCAUGCUAGAUGGCGGCCGUUACAGGAAGUCAUCCCUGAUUUGAUCUCCACUUGCUCGGAGACACACAGACAAAAGGACACCUCAGCAUUAUUUUCUGCCAGCAAUACCACAAGCUCAGGGGAAGAGGAGUACGAUGAAGACGAUGAUGAGCGUAAGGUGUACAUCGACAGACAUGCUGAAAACGCUGUCGGACAAAGUUUAUGCCAGGAAUAUGAUGUGUUCAGAACGAACCAAUCGACUCAGUCGCAAGAUUCUCAGAGUUCCACUAUCAGGUCUGACACUAAAGCAGAUACGGCUGACUCAGCACUUCAGACUGUUCCUGGGGAAGAAGAGAGCAGAGUUGAACAAGGUGAGUCUAAUAAAUGGUCUGAGACUGCGAUCAAAGUUCAAGCCACGUGUGAGUCAGACGAGGAAAUGAAGGAGAACAUCUGCGACAUCUCCGAGGACGUCGACCUUUUCACCGUCACUCUGGAUCCCCUCGCUGUUCGGGAGAAAGACAAUCUGAAAAGCACAAACUUAAACCUGUCUGAUCAGGAGCUUUUCAUGUCCACGCCUACAAAGUGGACUUUGUUGCAAGAAGACCAACCGACUGACUCAGAUGAUCUGAAACCAAUGCAGUUCUCAGAUUUAGGUGAGGCUUGCUGUGAGAGCAGCGAUGAUGAUGACGAUGAGGAAGAACAGUCUGUGGGAUAUAUCGGACGGAAGUUGGCGGACAUGAUUAUUAUCCUUGGGAUGAUGACGUCACUUCUUCACGUUCUCACAGCGAUGACUGAACUUCCCCAACCUGUCAACAUUGCCCUGACCUCCAAUAAUUUCAUUCAUAUGCUAACAUGGGAGCCCGGACCUGCCACACCUGGGGAUGUUUAUUACCAAGUCUUUUUCAUCACAGACACGGGAAUCGAUUGGCUCCCAGUGGCUUCCUGCCAGCAUGUGCAUUACCCUCUGGUUUGCAACAUGACCAAAGCCUUCUCCAACCCCAGUCUGGUCUACAUAACCCAAGUUGUAGCCGAGCUGGGAGAUCAGGCCUCCCUUCCAACAAGCCACCCUGGUUUCCAGCCCAUAAAAGACACUUACUUGGACCUGCCGUUAAUGACCGUGGCUCCUUGUGGACAAAAUGUGUGUGUGGAACUUCAGCCUCCAAUGCAGCACCUGAGGGACUUCUAUGAACCUCUGAGUUACCAACUCCGCGUCAAGAGCAGCGAUGCAGAAAGAGAGCUGGAAACCAAAUCUCUGAAGAGAGUCACUCUGGAGAACCUCGCUCCCGGUAGGGACUACUGCAUCUCGGUCCGCUUCUUUGACAGCCUUGUCCCCAGGGUGUCCAACUACAGCCAAGCUCAAUGUGCCUUCAUCCCGGGUAUCUUUACUUCAGAGUUACCAAUCUUCGCUAUGUUGUGUAUCGUAAUGAUCGUUGGCGUCAUCACGAUCAUCCUUUUGGUUUAUACCGGAUUCAUCUGUCGAAGAAAAAGACCUGUUCCCCGAGUUCUGACGUCCGUACCUCACAUUGAGGAAGUCCUGCUGUUUGUGCCCCAAAUCGCAUCCUUGUCUUCGUUCUUGGAGAAAGCACCAGUGCACUGUCCAGAUGAAGAAGUGUACUUUCACACACCAAUCAGUGGGAUUGCAGAGAACUCUUCUGAAAACACGAACAGUAAUUACAAAACGUGUCGGACUUCCAAACUUCUCUGUGUUUCCUCGUCUUCGUUUGAACAGCUGCCUGGCAGCUCUAUGGACUCAAAUUCUGGAACUUUCCCGUUAGGAUUUUCUAGCCCUCAGGCUCAAGUGUGGGUUUUGGACGACACGUCUUCAAACGCAACAUCACAACACUCCACAGCAAACAGAGACUUGAUUUCGGACUUUGUGUUGGACUUAGACCACAGUCUCCUUGCAGACCAAGAGACGCUAGAGUCAAUGGAACUGGAGAAUGGAGGCUUUGAAGAGACGGACAAGCAGAAUGUUAACCUCCUCACGUUAGUUUUGGGCAGGAAUGUAGAGGAAAAUGAGGAGAAAAGCCUUUUGGACCAAUCAGAUGUCGAGAGCUUUGUCCAGAAAGAGUAUGACACCUUGCCAGUGGCGGCCAGCGAGGAUCCCUUGGAAACUAUUCCCGGGUCUGUUGAUGAUGAAGAUGAACAGUCUGUUUACAUGAGAUGUCCAGCUCCAUCUUUCUUGUAGAAUUUGUCUCCCUUUUUUCAUCAGCCGAUGAGAUGACUUGUAUAGUUGGUAGCUAGAGUCCUGAAACCGGUGGGUAUUUUUUGUCCAACACACUAAUUUUCUUUGCCAUCUUUAUAAGAUGUUUUUUUAUAAAAACGUUGUUACACAAUAAUCGCGUUACUAAAACAGUGUUUCCCAUAAACUGCCAAGAUACCUGUGGCGGUGGGGGCGUGGCUAUGGGCGUGGUCACCAUGACAACAUUGAGUAAUUUGCAUAAUUUACUACAAUGAUUUGAUUUUCUCUAAAAAGGCUAAAAAAAUGUAUACUUACUAAUUAAUAAUAACAGUUUUGUUUUAAACGUCCAUCCAUCCAUCCAUCCAUCCAUUUUAUGUACAUAUUUAUAUACAGAUUUGAACAAUAAGUUAUUCACUGAAAUAUAUUUAUUAAUUGUGGUUCUUACAAAAAAGAUAUCUUAUAAAAUAUAAAAGCUAAAAUGUCUCAAAGCUCUGCCCCUUUAAUUAAUGCAUACUAACUAAUUUA